UUCUUCCUGUCUCACGCCUCAAAAACUUAUAUAAGAGUACCCCAUGUCCACAGCAGAGAGCGAGGUGAAGUGGGCACACCUUCCUCUCCUAGCUACCAAAUUCUCUUCUUUGCGCAAAGCAGCCAGCAGAAAGGUUUUUGCAGACUCAGAGGCGUGGAGGAUACUCUUGUAAUUUGGCGAGCAAGAGGGAAAAAUAAAUAAAUUUUGUAGUAGAAGAAGAGAGAGCAACUGGCCGGCAGUCGGCGGGCAUCUCGAUCGGUGUAUAGCUAGCUUGCUUGCAGGCUGAUGGCCGCCAUGAUGGCGUCCAUAACCAGCGAGCUGCUCUUCUUUCUCCCCUUCAUCCUCCUUGCCCUGCUCACGUUCUACACCACCACCGUGGCCAAAUGCCACGGCGGGCACUGGUGGCGAGGUGGGACGACGCCGGCGAAGAGGAAGCGGAUGAACCUGCCGCCCGGCGCCGCCGGGUGGCCGCUCGUCGGCGAGACGUUCGGCUACCUCCGCGCCCACCCCGCCACCUCCGUCGGCCGCUUCAUGGAGCAGCACAUCGCACGGUACGGGAAGAUAUACCGGUCGAGCCUGUUCGGGGAGCGGACGGUGGUGUCGGCGGACGCGGGGCUCAACCGGUACAUCCUGCAGAACGAGGGGAGGCUGUUCGAGUGCAGCUACCCGCGCAGCAUCGGCGGCAUCCUGGGCAAGUGGUCCAUGCUGGUCCUCGUCGGGGACCCGCACCGCGAGAUGCGCGCCAUCUCCCUCAACUUCCUCUCCUCCGUCCGCCUCCGCGCCGUCCUCCUCCCCGAGGUCGAGCGCCACACCCUCCUCGUCCUCCGCGCCUGGCCCCCUUCCUCCACCUUCUCCGCUCAGCACCAAGCCAAGAAGUUCACGUUCAACCUGAUGGCGAAGAACAUAAUGAGCAUGGACCCGGGGGAGGAAGAGACGGAGCGGCUGCGGCGGGAGUACAUCACCUUCAUGAAGGGCGUGGUCUCCGCGCCGCUCAACCUGCCCGGGACGCCCUACUGGAAGGCUCUCAAGUCGCGUGCUGCCAUUCUCGGAGUAAUAGAGAGGAAAAUGGAAGAGCGGGUUGAGAAGCUGAGCAAGGAGGAUGCAAGCGUAGAGCAAGACGAUCUUCUCGGAUGGGCUCUGAAACAAUCUAACCUUUCAAAAGAGCAAAUCCUGGACCUCUUGCUGAGCUUGCUCUUCGCCGGGCACGAGACGUCGUCCAUGGCGCUCGCCCUCGCCAUCUUCUUCCUUGAAGGCUGCCCCAAGGCUGUCCAAGAACUGAGGGAGGAGCAUCUUGGGAUUGCAAGGAGACAAAGGCUAAGAGGGGAGUGCAAAUUGAGCUGGGAAGACUACAAAGAGAUGGUUUUCACGCAAUGUGUCAUAAACGAGACGUUGCGGCUAGGAAACGUGGUCAGGUUCCUGCACCGGAAGGUCAUCAAGGACGUGCACUACAAGGGUUAUGACAUUCCAAGCGGAUGGAAGAUCCUGCCGGUGUUAGCCGCGGUGCAUCUGGACUCGUCCCUGUACGAGGACCCCCAGCGCUUCAAUCCCUGGAGAUGGAAGAGUAGCGGAUCAUCCGGCGGCUUGGCUCAGAGCAGCAGCUUCAUGCCGUACGGCGGCGGGACGCGGCUGUGCGCCGGGUCGGAGCUCGCGAAGCUGGAGAUGGCCGUGUUCUUGCACCACCUGGUGCUCAACUUCAGGUGGGAGCUCGCCGAGCCGGACCAAGCCUUCGUCUUCCCCUUCGUCGACUUCCCCAAGGGCCUUCCCAUUAGGGUUCAUAGAAUUGCACAGGAUGAUGAGCAGGAGUAAAAAAAAGGAAAGAAAAAAAAGAAGAGCCUUUUGACCUAAUUGUUGGAUAUAUAAAAUCAAAAGGAAAUAUCUAGGAAAGUACAGGAUGCAUGUACACGUUUUCGUUUUCGUUUUCCUUUUUUUUGGUGGCAGUUUGUGCUAUGUGUAGAUGUGAUCAGGAAAGGAUAUAGUAAGAUAGUAGUAAUAUAUCUAUUAUCUAUUAUCUAUC